CCAAAACGACGUCACUGAAGGCACGGGCGAGUGUAGGCACGCGCGGCAGGCAUUUUGGUUUUGUGACAGCGUUGUUUUCGCAGCAUCGUGACUCGUGAGAAGAAAAGAGAACAGAAGAGAAUAAGGGGUUAUUCGUUAAUCUGUUUUCCUACAAUCGCGAGAGAAAUUGGGUGAAAAGAAAAUUAAAAAUGGGGUAUGUGCUGAGAGUGAGAUUGGCUUCGUUUUUUACCGGUGCCGCAACGGCGUCGUUUGCAGGUCUCUACAUCCUCCAUAGGGAUUACAAGCUUGCGCACCAAUCCCUUACUCAACAGGUGAAUGGUCUCUACGAGUCUCUAGAUAGUCGGAUUUCUUCCUUGGAAAAACUGAAACAAACUGAAACUUCAAAACAGGUGGAAGCUACAGAAUAAGUUUGCGGAUUGAGGCAUCAGUUGUAGUUAAUUGUGGUGAUUUUUUUUUUUGAAUGAGACGAGUGACUUUUCACUGUUUUUACUCUUAUAAGGAGUAAAUUCAAUUUAACUCAUUUUAUGGCAUCUCAUCUGGCUCAACUUUCACACCAUAAUUGUUCAGAUAAGUUCUGCAUCCAGAUGUAUUUUGGAUUAUUCCUUUAGCUCAUCGCGUUUAGCUUUUAUCACCGUUGUGUUUGGUGAUUAAUGAAUAUUUGGGAUGAGAGACAUUGUGCUUUCUUUUUUGUGUUUCUAUUAAGUUUACGGCUUGAAAAUAAAAUUAUUACUGUAACUCACCAUAAAAUGAUUAUUCUAAGACAGUAUUUAGCUAUUACAAAAACUAUCA